UUCGCUCGAGCCUCCGCCUCUCAUCGGUCUCAAAGCCCUCGUUUCGAUCUCCCACUUCGUCGGUGACUGUUCUCAGCUUUGUGUCAGAUCGGAUCCAGCUCGAUCUGCUGCUUCUCGUGCGAUUUCUCUUGGUGUGUGGAUCGGAGGUUAAUUUGGUGGAAGAAUGGCGACGAAGAGGAGUGUUGGUGACCUGAAGGAAGCCGAUGUCAAGGGGAAGAGGGUUUUCGUGAGGGUGGAUCUCAACGUUCCCUUGGACGAGAAUCUGAAGGUCACCGACGACACUCGGAUCCGCGCCACCGUCCCGACGAUCGAGUACUUGAUGGAGCGCGGCGCUAGGAUCAUCCUUGCUAGCCAUUUGGGUCGCCCCAAAGGUGUUACCCCAAAGUACAGCUUGAAACCUGUCGUCCCUAGGCUAUCUGAGCUUCUUGGCGUUAAUGUUGAGAUGGCAAAUGACUCUAUUGGAGAGGAAGUUGAGAAGUCGAUUGCUGCACUACCAAAUGGAGGUGUUGUGCUUCUUGAGAAUGUGAGGUUCUAUAAGGAGGAAGAGAAAAACGAUCCGGAGUUUGCAAAGAAGCUAGCAUCAUUGGCUGACCUUUAUGUCAAUGAUGCCUUUGGCACUGCACAUAGAGCUCAUGCUUCCACAGAGGGUGUUACCAAAUUUUUAAAGCCAUCUGUUGCCGGCUUUCUCAUGCAGAAGGAGCUCGAUUAUCUUGUUGGAGCUGUAACCAAUCCCAAAAAACCUUUUGCUGCCAUUGUUGGUGGCUCUAAGGUUUCAAGCAAGAUUGGUGUGAUAGAGUCAUUGCUGGAGAAGGUAGAUAUUCUCAUCCUUGGUGGAGGAAUGAUAUUCACAUUCUACAAAGCACAGGGGUACUCUGUUGGUUCUUCACUGGUCGAGGAAGACAAGCUUGGCCUUGCUACAUCACUUCUCGAGAAAGCAAAGUCCAAAGGGGUGUCUCUCUUGUUGCCUACUGAUGUGGUCAUAGCUGACAAGUUUGCUGCAGAUGCAGAUAGCAAGAUUGUACCAGCUUCCGGAAUCCCUGAUGGCUGGAUGGGUCUCGACAUCGGUCCAGAUUCCAUUAAGACAUUUAGCGGAACUUUGGAGAGCACCAAGACCAUCAUCUGGAAUGGACCCAUGGGUGUCUUCGAGUUCGAAAAAUUUGCAGUGGGAACUGAGGCAAUUGCAAAGAAGUUGGCUGAUUUGAGUGGGACAGGGGUCACAACCAUCAUCGGAGGAGGAGAUUCCGUGGCAGCGGUUGAGAAGGUCGGACUUGCCGACAAGAUGAGCCACAUUUCAACCGGAGGUGGUGCAAGCUUGGAGCUACUGGAGGGCAAGUCUCUGCCGGGUGUUCUUGCUCUUGAUGAUGCCUGAACCCAAAAUGGAAGUCCCUCAUCUUUGACUUUUAGUAGCAAUCUAAUGAGUUGCUGGAUGUCAGCACAGAUGCUUUUAACUCGGUUUUGCUAAUGUAUUCGAAUAAAUUUUAAUUUGGUGGUGUCAAUUAAUUGCCUGUAACCCAAACCCUCUUGACUUCAAAAGGUCUAUUCUGCAAAUUUCCUUUCUGUUUUCUUA